UCUACUCUGCUUUACGGCAGAUAAUAGGCCAGUGUGGAGUGAAUUGAGCAAUGGCAGGAACAGACACGAGAUAGUCCACGAGCCUUACGUUAUCCCUACAUUUAUCAGGUACCAGCAGCCGGACGGGCGUCUGUCCUUGUCGUUCGCUGCGAGAGGCUGAUUCUGACCCCGUUUUUCUGUCAUCAUAGUAACUGUAUGCAGUGGAAUGGCUGAAGUGCCGCCUGGGCCUAACGCACUGCCUUCAUCCCCGAGCGAGAUCACACCACUGCCCGUGGACGGGUGCACCUUACUGGGCCACGAUGAGGGACGGGACAUCAUCAGCCCCGGCCCGGGACACCAGCACGCCAGCGACCAUAAGGCGAUAGUCAAAUCCAACCUGAACAACGUGCAUCCUAAUGCAUCAGCCGCCCAGUUCCACACAGCCCAGCUGAACGGGGUCCAGUGCAACCACACUCGCCUCCAGAACCACGUCCAACAACACCGGCCGUCCGACAAUCAAAACGCCGCUUCCGAUCACCACUUGGACGGGAUCGGUGAAACACAGGGCGAGCACACGGAAAACAACAAUUUCACGAGAAAUAAACGAUGUAGUGAUAAAUCGCAGAGCCAGUCGCCGCCGAACAACGGGAUAAACUGCACUGAUAGUAUGGCGAUAACGGAGAGCAGCUCUUGCCGACUGGAGAACGAUGUAAGUAGCAGGACUGGUUCGGGGGAUCGGGCUCGAGCGGCUGCGGCUGCGGCUGGGGCUGGGGCUGAGUCAGGCCCGGGCCCGCAGCGCGCUGGAGUAGAACAGGCGGCGGCUGACAGCGCUCCGGUGGCGGGGAUGUCGAGACUAGCGCUGGAGGAGCACGACGACUCCAUCCGAUACGUGAGAUAUGAGUCUGAGCUCCAGAUGCCUGAUAUCAUCCGACUCAUAACUAAAGACUUAUCUGAGCCCUACUCCAUUUACACCUAUAGGUACUUUAUUCACAACUGGCCUCAGCUCUGCUUUCUGGUAUGUAUCUUGUCAUUCAGAGAACAGUACGGUUGUACUUAUUUUUUAUUAGGCACCAACCUUGUUAAAAAGGCCAUCUAUGCUAUGGUGGAGGGGGAUUGUGAUGAGGUGGUGCUAGAGACGGAAAUCACCAACAAAUCGGCCCUGAAACUCUAUGAGAACCUGGGCUUUGUCAGGGACAAGCGGCUGUUUAGAUAUUAUUUAAACGGAGUGGAUGCACUUCGGCUCAAACUCUGGCUUCGCUAAAUCAAACUACGGGGUCCCUCAACUCUUUCUCCAUCCCUUUGGCCUCCUCUUCCUCCGCCACAGUCCUCUGGCUCAGAUCACCCAUCAAUAGAAAGACACUUGACCUCUGCUGAGCCACAAAGCGCAAACUCUGAGGGAAAAUUCAACCAAUCAUAAUAAAGUGUUUUAAGAACUUGUGCGAAAGAAAGAGAGGUUGUGGGGGG